AGAACUGGACUAAAGGAAAGGUGGUGGCUGAUAAUCUGUAUUGCUCUAGAAAAAGAAGUGGGAAGAGGAAACAGCUUCUGUGUCAACACCUCUUCUGUCGGUUGUAGUGAACUGAACAGGAGAGCCUGGAAAGCACUAAGAGGGCCUCUCUGUCUCAGGUGUGGCAUGUCGGUGGAUCUUUGCCGGGGCCCCCAUCUGCGGCACGCUGGACAGAUUGGAGCUCUGAAGCUGCUGGCGAACUCCUCAACUGUGUGGAGGUCCUCAGGAGCUCCGGAGGCACUGCAGAGAGUGUCAGGGAUUUCUUUCCCCAAGGCAGAGUUACUGAGGAACUGGGAAGCAUGGAGGGAAGAAGCAGAGUUGAGAGACCACAGACGCAUCGGGAAGGAACAGGAGCUCUUCUUCUUCCAUGAACUGAGCCCUGGGAGCUGCUUUUUCCUGCCGCGCGGGACAAGAGCCUAUAAUGCCCUGGUGGCUUUCAUCAGGGCUGAGUACGCCCGUCGUGGUUUCUCAGAGGUGAAAACUCCCACGCUGUUUUCUACAAAACUCUGGGAACAGUCAGGGCAUUGGGAGCAUUAUAGGGCGGACAUGUUUUCCCUGAAGCCCCCAGGCACUAAUGGUCCCUACAGCUCUCAGAGUGGCCACCCUGCCAGGUGUCCCAAAGACACGCUUGCUCUCAAGCCCAUGAAUUGCCCUGCACACUGCCUCAUGUUCGCCCACCGGCCCAGAUCCUGGAGGGAACUGCCUGUGCGACUGGCUGAUUUUGGAGUCUUGCAUCGUGCUGAGGCCUCUGGCGGUCUGGGAGGAUUGACACGGCUAUGGUGCUUCCAACAGGAUGAUGCUCACAUCUUCUGUGCACCAAAUCAGCUGGAAGCAGAAAUCCGAGGCUGCCUUGAUUUUCUCCGGUCUGUUUAUGCUGUUCUUGGUUUUUCCUUCCACCUGGCUUUAUCUACCCGGCCAUCUGGCUUCCUAGGAGAACCUCACCUAUGGGACCAGGCCGAGCAGGUCCUACAACAAGCCUUGGAGGAAUUUGGAGAACCCUGGGACCUUAACCCUGGAGAUGGUGCUUUCUAUGGGCCUAAGAUUGAUGUGCACCUCCACGAUGCCCUGGGGCGGCCCCAUCAAUGUGGAACGAUCCAGCUUGACUUCCAGCUGCCACUGAGAUUCAACCUACAGUACAAGGGGCAGGCAGGGGCCCUGGAGCAUCCAGUCCUGAUUCACCGAGCAGUACUUGGUUCUGUGGAAAGGAUGUUGGGCGUGCUGGCAGAAAGCUAUGGGGGGAAAUGGCCCCUGUGGCUGUCCCCGCUCCAGGUGGUGGUCAUCCCUGUGGGAACAGAGCAAGAGGAAUACGCUAGGCAGGUGCAGCAGUCCCUGCAGGCUGCAGGGCUUGUCGGGGACCUUGAUGCCGACUCCGGACUGACCCUCGGCAGGAGAGUCCGCCGGGCCCAGCUUGCCCACUACAAUUUUCAGUUUGUGGUCGGCCAGAGAGAGCAGAGUAAGAGAACAGUGAACAUUCGCACUCGAGACAACCGACAGCUCGGGGAGCGAGGCUUGGCCGAGUCUGUGCAGAGGCUGCUGGAGUUACAGGACGCCCGGGUCCCCAAUGCGGAGGAAAUGUUCUGAGUUUUGUUCCCUGGUGAGGCAUAGACUCCUGAGAGCCCCUUAUCAUGGGAGAUCCCAGCCCAGCUGGCAGCCCAGAACGUCCCUGACUCUUGAGAGCUGCCUGGUUUGGAGGACCCUGCACAGCAAGGGGUGAUGUGCUGCUUGCAUGGGGGAGAAUAAAAAUAAACUUGAAGCCGAGGUUGUGUCUUCAUCUGAUCUGACGGGAAGGGUCUGUGUUGUCUUCCUGCUGCUCCAGAGCUGAGGAAAAGAGAUACUGAGGCCUCUGAGCAGCCCGGGAAGUGUCUCAGGCAGCCAUUCCCAGUCCCAUUCCAAGGCUGUCAGACCCCUUCCCGACAAAGACAGUUUACAGAUGGA